CUUGCUUAUCAGUGAUCUUCAGCUGCGCACUAUGACAUCUAAGUCAACUUGCACGUAUGCGUCUGAAUGCAGUACCCUGGAGUGACACUUCAUUCGAUACUCACAAGCUGUUCGGAUCCAGUGUUCUGAUCUGGACCAUAGUUGAAGCCGUUGUAUUACUCUGAGUCUGAUUUUGAGUUGCACAAGAGAUGAGUAAGACAAGUAUGGAGGGCCUUAUUGCUGAAUUCAAGAGCUGGUCUGUGCAUUCUGUUGCAGCAUUGGUCUUCCUGUACAUCCUACUCAAGGAUUUCAAGAGAAUUAGACAUAAGUCCGGGAGACGACCUCCUGGACCUCCAUCGUUGCCAUUGAUUGGCCAUUUCCAUCACCUUCUAUUUGGGUUGCCUCACCACUCCCUGUCCAAAAUCGCUGACAAAUAUGGACCGAUAGUGUGGCUGGAUCUGGGGUCUGUAAGUGUUGUGGUUGUAUCUUCGUCAGAUAUGGCCAGGGAGAUUCUGAAAACUCAGGAUCAUAUAUUUGCAUCUCGCCCUGCAGUGUUACUAGGAGAUAUGCUGUUUGCCAAAGGUGAGGAUUUAUUGUUCAGUCCUUUGAACGACAACUUUCGUCUCAUGCGGAGAGUAGUUUCGACAUAACUUUUUUCGCAACAGCGGAUCGACUCAUUUCAGGAUUUGAGGCGAGAGUCCGCUUUCAAAAUGAUGCAAACAGCAUUCGAAGAGGGUCAUGCGAAUCGUCACAUAAGUUUAUCUGAUUUAAUGCACGAACAAUUUAUGUCCAUGACAACCCGAAUGCUCUAUGGAAUGGAUGGACACGCUCAGACUCAGCAACUUCUUGAAAUUGUAAGAGAUUUAACACAUACAGGAUGGUUUGUAAUAGAAGAGUACUUCCCUUUGCUGAAGCCAUUUGAUCCGAGUGGAGAAGUUAAAAAGGCUGAAGAAGUUAGGUCAAAAAUACUUCGACCUUAUGGAUUCCAUCAUCGACCAGCGCCUGAAGGAAAUUUCCAACUCGAAGUCAAAUCGUGAAGAGAACUUCUUGGACGUGCUGCUGGCUAUGAGCAAUUUUACACGUAUUCAAGUCAAAGGCCUCCUUCUGGACAAUAUCUUUGGUGGAAGUGAUACAAGCCCUGAUACAAUUGUUUGGGCUAUCACCGAGCUUCUGCGGCAUCCGAACACUAUGGAAAGACUUCAGAAUGAACUCGACGAUGUGAUCGGGAAGGAAAGGCUGGUUGAAGAAGCAGACCUCAACAAACUCGAGUAUCUGCAGGCAGUGGUGAAGGAAACACUACGCCUACACCCAGUUGGUGUUUUGGGAACUCCUCACUUUUCUACCGAGGCAACAAAAGUGGCAGGAUACGAUAUACCCGCCAGCACCCGGGUCAUGGUGAAUUUUUAUGCCAUUGCUAGAGAUCCCAAGGUUUGGGAAAACCCUCUGAAAUUUGAUCCUUCAAGAUUCUUAAUCAGCCCUGUAGAUGUGAAAGGGCAGCAUUAUGAGGUUUUGCCCUUCAGUUCUGGGCGAAGGAAGUGUCCGGGCAUGAAUUUGGCGCUCGUGUCUGUGGCCUAUAACAUCGCCCUGCUGGUUCAUGCUUGUUCGAUCUCCCUGCCUGAAGGUUUGACAAGCCUGGACGUGGAUGUUGAAGAGAAGUUCGGAUUAACAGUAUCGAAGCGGAAUCCGCUGACUCUACUAAUAAAGAGGAGGCUGCCUUCAGUCGUCUACGCUGAAGCAUGAUUUAAUGGGAGGUCUCGUGAGAAUAGCACUCUUUCCGUCCAAUGCCAAUGUGGGCAUAGAUAGGAUGAUCAUCAUACUUCCCACUCAAUAUCUUAGCAAGCAUGGCCACGAAUCCUUACAGCAGCAGCGGUGACAGUCAGCAGGGAAGUGGUCUUGAAGCUUGUGGGGUUUGCAAAGGUAUGUUCGGAACUGGCUCUUUCAUGGUCGUCCCCGAGAGCUCUCACAGACGGCGUCAGUAAGGUCAGCAACAACAGCUAUGGAGCAUUGAAUGAAUCCCAUUCCUCUUUCCAUGGAUUUGGCAUCCGUCGACAAGGCAGUGCGCUGGACAAGCGUGAUCAGCUCACGGCAAGAUCACACCUGUACAUACAUUUCUGGAGACACAAAGCUAUGUCAUCUUUCGGUCAUCCUUCCGGCACAGGACCAGCGGUUGAAGCUGGAGGAACCGAGCCAAGAAUAUAUACAUUGCUGGAUAAGGCACGAUAAGUAUGAGAGUAGAGGAAGAGCGGCCCAUGGAGUGCAAUGCAAAUGAGCAAGUAAGCAAGCUACUGUACGGCAUCUCUGUGUAAUCGAUGGGCCAGAGUAGUCUGGAGGGCACGCUGUCUUCAUCUCUUCAUCUCUACCGGUUUAAGAUGCUGAACAAUGAAACCUCCACACGUUUCUAAAACGCCAUUUACAUGAUUUAAUGGAUGAAUGCCC